UUUGCCUCUCAAACCUGAAGGAUGAAAGGAAGUCUAUAAGGCAAUUAUGAUGACGUCAUGUAGCUAUGUGAGGAAAAAUGUCAUUGAUUUGGUUAUUUAAUCCAGCGUGUGCUGGCAAUUGACCAGUAUAGUCAGCCCAGUGCUCUGACGUAUUCACUUUGUGGGAAAACUGUGUCGCUGUUUGUGGCGGGAAAGAAUAAUUACUUUCCACUUCCCAAAGAAAGUAACAGUCUGCACUCUUUCAAGCAUUAGGAGAGCCACAGGCUAAAGCCAGUGGCCAGACGUCAUCCAGGGUUUCUGCUCCUGCUGAGAUGUUCCCAGGAAACGGCGGAACUCUCCCAGGACUUCAGGAAGCUGGAUGUUCCUGGAUGUUCUGGAUGGACCACCAGAACCUUGUGGGCCUUUGCGAUUUUUAAGUGGUAGCCACCAAUCUCUGCCCUCACCUCUCUACUCAAAAGCUUCAAGUUUAAAAAGGAAGAAAAAAAAAUCCCAGAGGAAUUGUUUUCUUGUUAUUUAGAGUAUCAGUUCAUUAGUCAGAAGGAAAACUUCUGUGUUCAGUGAAAAAUGACCAACGUGGGGGUCGACAGUGGAGUGGAGAGCAACGAUGUUGAUUUUGACCCAAAGGCCCUCUUGCUUGUUUUUCCUACAGCCCAGGAAGCUAUUUUCAGCAAAGAAGCAAAAAGAAAAAAAAAAGAAAAGAAAAGAAAAAUUCCUCCAAAUUCACAUUCUCAAAGCCUGACAUCCAUUUAUGGCUUAUGCACGUGAGGGGGCCCAACACAAAGGCAUGCAGAUAAGUGAGACCCGACACUCAGUUCAGUAUUGUUUCAUGUGCUCUGGAAUAUGUGCAGCCAAAGAGACUUUUCAAAACAGGCCUGACUUCAAGUCUAGAGGGAUUCCUGAUAAGAUUGAUUUAUUUGGUUAAGAAAUACUUCUCUCUGAACCUUUUUUUUUUUCUUUUUUGCAAAGAUGGGAACACCCAGUAUUAUCAUACCACACGCACUGAAACCUGAAACUCUUUAACAGAUGAAAAUCUGACAUGUGUAAUUAGCGCAGCACAAAGCAGGAGGAGCUGAACCCAAACCUUCAAUUAAACAUUUUUUACAUUCAGACUUAAUUCUCCGGCUUGUUAGGAGCCUCGGGAAUGUGAAAGCCAGGUAGAGCUUCACAAAGGAAGGAUUAGCACAACUUGACCUCAGGGGUUCCCUGACAAAGUGCUCUGGAACAAACUUCGGCCCACGGGACACAAACACGGCCCCAGGCCACACCUUAGCAUUACUGGUUCCUAGCGGCGUUUCCCUGUCCUCUCCUGAAACCUUUUCAACAUGGAAUCAAACAAUGGUAAACCUGGCAGGCGUCCUCCUAGACACACAAUGCAAAAGUAUGUCUGAGCUCGGCAAGUGAGAAGUGUCACACUUUCCUGCAAGCUCGGGGCAGGCGUCGGGGCUGGCCCUGGCUCACAAGACGUUCUCAUGGGCUUAGCUUUCCGGACGGCCGCGCAGUGGGCUGCGCUUCUGUUAUCCCUGCUGGGAUGGGUGUUAGCCUGCCUCACAAAUUACUUGCCCCACUGGAAGAACCUCAACCUGGAACUGAACGAGAUGGAGAACUGGACCAUGGGGCUCUGGGCAUCCUGCGUCAUCCAGGAGGAAGUGGGGAGGCAGUGCAAAGCCUUCGACUCCUUCCUGGCUUUGCCAGCCGAACUCCAGAGCGCCAGGAUCUUGAUGUCUCUGUCGAAUGGGCUGGGGCUGCUGGGGCUGCUGGCCUCUGGCUGUGGCCUGGACUGCUCGAGGCUUGGAGAGACCCAGAAGGGUCUGAAGAGGAGACUGCUCAUCCUGGGAGGGCUCCUGCUCUGGACUUCGGGCGUGAUGGUCCUGGUGCCUGUCUCCUGGGUGGCCCACAGGACGGUUCAGGAGUUCUGGGAUGAGACCAUGCCUGAGAUUGUGCCCAGGUGGGAGUUCGGGGAAGCCCUCUUCCUGGGCUGGUUUGCUGGCUUCUGUCUUGUACUAGGGGGCUGUCUGCUGCACUGUGCAGCCUGCUCAAGCCCAGCUCCCCCAGCCUCGGGCCACUAUGCAGUGGCAGGAUUACCAGACUGUCAGCAACUGGAGCUGAAACAUGCCAAGCCAGAAAUCUAAGCCAGAGGGACCAGCGGCCUCUCCACAGCAGGCGCUUGCUCCAGCUGGACUUGGUAGGAUCUCCUGCUAUAAUCACCCCCACUCCCUGUGAUUUUGAUUUUCUGAAACGUGUACUUCCUUUCUGUGACUAUUAACUUCUUCCAAUACAAUUUCUUUCUAUCACUGA